CGAUACGGCUGUUGAAUCGGCGUGGACCAAUACGAACGAGUGAUGGUUCGUAGUCGUGGCGGGGAGGAGUAGGUUUGUUGGCGAGCACGGGAUUUGAGAGGCGAGGUGGAGGAGGCGGAGGCGGUGAUGUCCGGGGCCUGCUACGGGCCGAGUCGCGCUCCCGCAGUCGCUGUAUGACCCUUGAAGUGCACUUUGGGACCUUGCUGACCACUCAUGUGGAUUCUUACCACUACAUGAGGUUCUUUGAGAGAAAAUGCAGUCGUUCAGCGAGCAGCUGGGUAUAACCAACCCCCAACCAGGAGGAUUAAGAGAGGGUUACCAAGCGACGGGCCAGUACCGUGGCUUCGAACAGCAGCAGCAGCAGCAGCAACAGCAGCAACAGCAACAACAGCAGCCACCGCCCCCUUCUGCCUCCGGGGCGGGGGACUACUACAGCAGCCAGCACCCGUACCACAGCUAUCUGAACAAUCCCAGUGGAUAUUACUACACCGGGGCCAAGCCACCGCAGGCCGCGCAGUCGGCCACGGGACUUGGUAAUUACCUCCCGGCCCAAGAUGGCAACUACAUAGGACAGUACAACAGCGAGGGGCAGCUGCAGUGGAGGGGCCCGCGGUCGACACCGCUGCCGUAUGCUCUGUAUGAGCAGGACCGCUACAGCAGCCCCUUCUCCUCGCCGCACUACCAGCAGACGCAGGCACCAUCGCAGCAGUCUGUGCAGGGCGUGCGGACGGUGCAGCUGCAGCACUCGGGGGGUGCCCAGCAUCCCCCGCCUGCCCCGACGCCCCUCUCCCAGCACCCUCCGCCGGCGCCAACGCCUCUGUCGCAGCACCCAGCGUCAACCCCGACAUCGCUGACGUCUCAGCCGCCCACCAGCCUGUCUCAACACCUCUCGCAGUCCACCAUGUCACAUUCGCAGCAGCAGCAGCAGCAACAGCAGCAACAGCAGCAACAGCAGCAGCAGUCACCCCACUACCCUCCGACACCCAUGCACUUUUCGCAGCACUACCAGUCAUCUUCACCAUCCCCUUUUCAGUCUCAGCAACAUUACAACCCAAAGUCGCACCCGUUCACCAUGUCGCAGUACGAUGCCCAUUUAACUGGAUUCCCUAGCGGUGGAGGUGGUGGCAGUUACAGUAAUCAGGGUGGCGGGUUCGGGUACCAGCAAGGAGCAGUGGCAGCCGGCUUUGAGCAAGCGCAGGCAACACAAAAGCGGCAGUUCUCAACACCCCACAGUCAAGCUGCUGGUCAGAUUAACCUAUACAGCAAUGCAGACAUGGGGGUGAAAUCUCCCUCGCAGUUUCACCACCAACCGUUCAGCCCUGCAUCCACACACUCCCCAGCUCCACAGCAGCAGCAAAUUAAGUCCCCUCCAUACAGCUCCAACACCUCUCCCAUGGUUCAGAGCCCUGAAGGGAGCCACUAUCUUCAAACGCCCCUCGCCGGCAAUGUGAGGGGUCCCAUGACGCAGCUGCUGCACUCCCCAAACCCGUCCACCACGUUAGCAAAUAGCCACUUCAAGGCUCCUGCUUUGGAUGGUGGGGUGAAUGCAGAUGUCAGGAGUGCGACCGAGUCGAGAUCGUGCAUGGACGCGAUGCGAAUUAACUUGGAUGCCGUGUCCAAUUCUGACGGCAGCAAACCAGCGGGCGAUGGUAGAAAUGUUUCUGAGUGCGGACCUGGGCCAAGUUUGGACAUAAUUAGGAAAGGGACUGAUAAGAGAGCUGAUACCAGUGGUGGUAUUAAUAUGACCGGAACAGGUUUGGACAUCAGAACGGCUUCAGAUAUCGGUGCAGGAAGUCAGGAAGCGUCACCUCUUCCUGAAAGCAGGAGGAUGGACCCGAGUCUAAGCAGCUUGAACGCUCUCAGUUCUCAGGUCGAGAACAUUCCAAACACCGUUCAACAACUGCUGCUAACGGAUCCUCUUGCAGCGCAUAAGAAGGGUGGGAAACGGUCACCAAAAAAGUCGGAAACGUUGCGUGAACAGCCAGGGAGCGUGGAAUCCUCGAUAAAAAGCAGCAACUGCAGUAGCCCGGCCGGUUCUGAACGGAUGCUGUUUGGCGAGGAGACCGAUGUUCAGAAAUCUUUUCACUUGGAGAACAAAGAUCAGCUGCUCCAGAGUCAUUUGUCGUCAUCCUACAUGCUGCACCGACAGCAGCCAGUACCUAGUAUAUCUCACGGCACAGAGUUGAUCUCUCCUGUAUCUCAACCCAGACUGGUUAACAAAGACUCUGGAAACUCGGUAGGAGCUCCUAAAGAACCCAUUUCAGGAAACCACUUGACAAAGGGAGAUGGCAAAUGUCCUGGCGUUAUUGUUUCAAGGGAUGGCAUUGACAUGUCCUCAAAGGAGUACGUCAUACGUAAGGAGCAAGGUGGUGCAGUUGAAAAAAGUGACACAAACUUAGUAACUGAGAUGAAUGAGCGGUGGCCUUUUCAGUGCGUUAGCGUUAUUUCUUCGGGAAUGGAGGAUCCCACCAAACGGGAGGCGGACAGUCUGACGGGGGAAAUAAAUGUAAAUAGAGAAAAUGCUGUAAAUAUGAGUUCUAGGCCAAGUACCAGUGACUUAGUGUCCCAUGUAAACGCCACCAGCACAAUGGGCAAGUCCUGCCAAAUGGCAAUACCUGUUCAAGAAGCCAACAAUACGAGUAACGCAAAAGCUUCAGAUGGCCGAUAUCAUUCACAGUGUACAGACACCCCCAAUAAAGACCACCAGGGUGGGUUUCCCACAAAGUAUGGGCCCCCUCAGUCAUCUGACAGAUGCUCGGAUAGUGCAGAGAACAGUCGCAUUGCUUUGGAAAGUUUUAGUAGGCUCAUAGAAAAAUCUGAACACGAGCAAAUGUCUUCGAUGAAACAGCUGAUUCGUGACCUGUCCAUUCCACUCCAGAGUGUCGAUAGUCAUGUUAAUAAAAGGAAUUCUGCAUCUCAACAACCUGAUCAGCUGUUGGGUUCCAAGGGCGAGUGUGUAUCAAACCAUCAAUCUGAAAUCCCCAGCAGAAAAUCUCCGAGGUCCAAUACGAGGUCUUCUGUUUUACAGUCAGCCAACAUGGAUAAAAAUCAGUCUGCUGUUGAUUUUUCCCAACACAGUAAAUCUCCACAAAAACAUGCCCCCGGUAGUUACUUUAGGGGUGGUAAAACAUCACCUGUAAGAAGCGUUGCCCACGGAAUGCCCAUCACAGCUCAUUCGGCACCAUCCGCGGCAAUGGGAAAACCCAACCCAGUGAAUGCUUACGAUUCCAAAAAGCCAGGAAGAAAUGUUGAGGCUAAAAAACUCAAAUUGGAAAUUCCUGCACAAGCGGCAAGUGCCGAGGGCAUAGAUUAUUCCAUGUCUGUUACACCUGACAGAAAGAGGUCGGGACGUAGGCCAAGUGUCAAAAAUUCAAUUGAUGGCCAGCAAAGGUCUCCUGUUCACGGUCAUACAACAAAACCCUCUCCACUAGUACACAGCGAUCAGAGUGUUAGCUUGUCGCCCACAAAACCAUCUGCAGGCAUAGACAUGACGGGGAACAAGAACACUCCGCCAACAUUGCGAAGGUCUGGAAGGCCACAGUUUUCACCAACAGACAAAAAAGGAACCAUAGACGACGAUGGAAAUGAGAAGCGGAUGGAUGAGCAGGGCAAGAGGACCGAAGAACAACAAAGUACAGAGGCUGCAGGGAAAAGGCCUUUGCGUCGAGUUAGUUCAGGCUCCGCGGCUGAAAACAUUAAAGGGCCUGGAACUGCUGGAGUGAGUGUCAGUCCUGCUACCAGCCCUCAGCUGGCAAAGAAAUUGCAGGGUCCUCCCAACAGUCCCGUGUAUCCAACAAGGAUGAGCCCACGAAAGACAUCCCCUCGUGGAAGUAUGUCUGCGGAAGAUGGCCCCAUUCUACCCGCUUCGCCCUCUAACAGGGUUUUGAGUCAGAUCAGACAAACUCCGUCGGACCACCAAAUGGUAAAUUCGACUACCAACUCUAAAGGAGAAAUGGGAGAAUCAGCAAAACCGUCUGCAUCGGCUGAUUACAGGCAGGGUAUGAAUAAACGGAGGCAGGUGUCAGAUGCAACCAUAGCCAUUGACAUGUCGAAAGGAAACUUUGCACGAAAAGAGCUUGCUUUGCGCAAUGACCAGGAAGAAAAUGACUCUAUGAAAAGAAAGUACAAACAACCAGCUAAAGACCUUUCUCUAAAGAGACCACGUUCCGAGUCGUUAGAUGCUAACGUUAACAAGCAGGCAUCGGUUGUCAAUGAGAGCCAGGUAAAAGCAAGUCCAAAUUCUCACUGUAAACAAAGUCUGUCCAACCUUCCAACUCCGGGUAGGACAAAAAUUCUUCCUCCAAGAAAGAGCAGAGGACUGAAGUUGGAAGAGAUUGUCCAGAAAAUCACAUCGCCAAAACGAUUAAUUUCUUCUUCGGCCAACAAUACUCCCGAUGGACACACAAAUAGUUCUUGUCUGGAAGCAAUUCUGUCAGGAAACACUGAUCAACAUCGUGUUAAGGUCGAGCCGGAGGAUAAAUCUGACAAUAAAUUGGCUUUACCUGCUCCGCAGCAGAAGACUAAUUUAAAUGUAAGUCCAGGUAAUCUGGGAGUAGUUUCUCCUGAGAUAGUAACGAUUACAAUAGGGGACAGCGAUGAAGAGAUGCAUGGGGGGACCAACAAGGGAAUCAGAAAAGCUGCAUCCUUACAGCCAUUUAAAUAUCCAAACUCUGAUGGCAUUACAAAGCCAGGAAUGCCUCCAGUGAAGUCACCGCCCCAUGCCAUGAAUCGGGCAAAUGCAUUUCCUGCACUCCCAACGACAUCUGUACCUCAAAAUGCAAAUUCUGCCCAAAAUAUAAUGAAGGCAUCCACCUCGUCCCCCAAGUGGUCCAGAGUUAAUUUAAACAAUGCUUACAACACAUCUUCCACAUUGUCCCCUCCUGGGCGAUCUACUUUAUAUCGCGGACCAAGGUUUCCUGCGGCACCUAAUAUGCCAACAUCGUCGAGUUACACUGCCAGACCCAGGACUCCUGGAAUUGUUGGCAGACCGAGGGCUCCACCUGCUGUAGUGCAACCCACUGGCUCGGGUUCAGCGACGAGACCAAUGGUUUCAAGUCCGACGUUCAGACACAAAACACCGAGCCUGGCUGUCCGCCUUGCAGCACCUGGUACGAUGGUCAGACCAACAUUGUGUUCACCAAACGUCAGGCUUCCAGGUAACUCUGUAAAAACAGCAUCUAAUGUCCCAGCAGUUAGGCCUUCUGCUACAGGCCCAGUCAUAGUCAGAGCAUCGGCCACAGGUUCAGGCGCAAAGCUUGCAGAGCAGCAGUGUAGGUCGUAUGUAAAGGGUUUAGACAAGCCUGUGUGUGCUAUUAAAAAAGAACCGGUAUCUGAGAGUACAGCCAAGCAUGAUGCUUCUAAUACUGGAAAGGGUGAUGAGACCAGAAAGAGAAAGAUGAUCAAUAAAGGAAAGAAAUUAGGGCCAGUGGCAAAAAAGAGAAGGGGGCGACCCAAAAAGCAGUUUGGACCCAGAGUGCAGCCCAAUGAGCCUGAGAUAAAGCUUAAAUCUUUGUCUCACAGGCCUGAAGAGAAAACCGAUUCGAAAAUCAAAUGCUUCUCUCCGUACAUCAGAUUGCAAAACAAGAAUAGUUUAAAGUCCAUGUGUACUGUUGUGAACAGCAAUGACGAGGAGUCUAAAUUAGACAAACCAAAGAAAUCAUCUGGCACAGCGCUCACGCAAACGGUUUCUCACAUCGUUCCAUUGUCAUCCUGCUUUGUGAUGGGUCGAGUGGUAACGGACACCCAGAACAAGGGCGCGCUCGUGUGCUGCUUUUGCGGCUUCUCUGCCAACUUCAAAGAGCUCGGGGACCUCUUUGGCCCAUACUACCCACAAGGCCACGCACCUGCGGCAAGGAAGCCUCAGUCGGCCCCAAGCAAGGAUCGUCCGAGCGAGGAUGCCGAGGUCGCGAGCGAGACGACCCGAGUUUCGGAGGAGCCCGAGGAAGCAGGACACAAGGCCAGCCCUGCCGAACCGGCAGGGUCGAGCGACCACAGAGGAACAAAGAAGCCACGGGCAGGCUCCACGGACGAGAACUGUGCGUCGUUACGCGGGAGCACGAGGGGGGCGCGCUGCCGCAAACCCAGCUGCUACUGCUGCGUGGACAGCGACGGGGCCGUGGAGAAGAGUUCGGACGGUCGCUCCAGGAAAGGGAGGAAGGAGGCGGCGGAGAAAGAGUCGCCGACUGCGGAGGCGCAGCCGCCUCCCGAGGUGCCGCUCGACAACGAGGAGUUCUGGGUCCACCAGCCGUGCGCCGUGUGGACUAGCGACGUCUUCCUCGUCGGAGGGCGGCUCUACGGACUGCUCGAAGCGGUGGAGAUUGCUCGUGACGUUAGCUGUUCCAAGUGCCAGCGGACAGGAGCCACGCUGGGAUGCCACGGCAAGGGAUGCGCCCAGCGCUAUCACUUCAUCUGUGCCAUGGAAGCGGAUUGUUUGCUAUGCGAAGAUAAUUUCCUGAUCAAAUGUGCCAAACAUAAGGGUAGAGGGAUGGCUGCUUCUGUGGAAAGCACAGAGAGGAGAUAACCACGCUCUCUUAUCACCAGAAUGGUUUCGAAGGAUUGAUGUAUCAGUAGAAAUUAUUUACCAUCUCCCCACAACUUCCUGCCCUCUAGCAAUUUGCUGCCUGCACAGUUCUCCAGGAUUUUAAGAAAGGAAAAAAAUAAAAAGGCCUGGUGGAAUUGCUGUUCAUUCACAGCUGUUUUUAUUUCAAAUCACCCACGUGAUGUCCACAUGCUGCUACUGGCCACGGACAAGACAGCCUGUAAGAACUCGCUUAUACGACUCAUUCAUAGUCGAGUACAUUUAGCACUGACCAGGUGAUGGCAUUGUAUUGUUGUAAUAUAUCGGUCGGCUUGCCAGGAUUAUGUUACAAUUUGAGGCGUUAAAACAAGUGUGCAACACCUUUCUUAAGAGCUGCAGAAUUAUGUAUUCUUUAAACGUCAUCUGCAUAACGAUAGUUAACACCUUCGGUUUUCCCCCUGGCAAGCCAACAUUUUCAAAUAUCAAAAACGGUUAGCAAAAGUUUAAAUGCAUUUUUGUAGAAAGAUCUCCCAUUAGAAUUUAUGUGCAUUCUUCUCAUUGUAAGACUGUUUUUAAUGUUUAAAAAUGUGGCCUGAAACACAGGAAAAAGAUAAUCCUGCAGAAUAAUUUGAUGGAUAAAGAGUUAACAGUUUACAAACAAGCAGGGGUUAAAUUGUAGGAGGAGUAUUGACCAUUGUCUUGGUUUUAUAAGUGGUGGACCCGUAAUGCAGCUUAGUGCAAGUGCCGUAUCUAAACUGGGAGCAGCUGCAUUUCAAUUGGCCUUGUGAAAGAAUAAGGAAUAAACAUGACACAAAUUCCCCUUACAGCUGCCACCUUCCCUACAAUUUAACCCUUGCCAAUGACAUAGUGCUCAUGCCAGCGUUUACUUUUUGAUCAUCUAGUCCUUGUAGGUAAGUUAGUGUUCUGAAGCUAAGGGAAGAAGCUGUAUACAAAGGGCGGUAAAUAUGGUUAUACUGUAUUAGUUUAGUUGGAAACCACGGCAGUGUUGAAGGGGGGGGGUAUUCUUGGCAUGUCACCGACUGUCGUUUGAACAAUAAAAUAUACACGCAACGUCCCACAUGAGAAUUCCUUUUCACACAUUUUUGGAAGUGCUUUGUGCAAAACAUCUCGCAAAUUUUGGAACCAAGCUCGUAGCUAAAGAACAACAUCAGUUGCCUUGAUUCACCUUCCCUUGCAAAAAAAAAGAAACAGUGUUUAAACAAAUUGAAAGAGCAUCCGCUCUGGAAGCACGCGGUAUUGCAGCAGUGUUCUACUGCCUUGUUCUUUUGAGGCGUGCUUCCAUUGUCACCGAGAAUCUGCCCUGACUGCUUUUGGGCCCCUUUGCACUUAGAUGAGAAAUGAAUUGGUUUCCAAUCAUAUUUUUCUAUUUUCACAUAGUUUUGUUUAAAUUUGCUAGGCGAGGAUUUAGUUUAAAAAAAAAAAUUACAAUUCUACUUCGUUGUGCGCAGUAAAAUGUCAUAUCCCCAUUCAGGACCGAUGCACAAUUUCAGUGGAAUCUUACGACGAGAGCAUUCGUACCAAUUUUUAAAGUGAAAACUUUUGUAGUUACGGAGCAUUCUUUAGCUGCUGAAAAGGUUUAUUCAGCAAUGUAACGUGAUUGACAGCUGGCUGGCUUUCUCCCCCGCAAAUCAGAUGCAACCGCCUUUGUCCCGCCGAGUUAUUCAUAUCAUCUACAGCUUCCUACGGUUUCUAUGACACGUGUUGCGCCUUCGCUUUAAUACACAAGCCAACAACACGGCUGAGCACGUACACGGCAACGGAACUGCAUAAAGUCACCAAUGUUGAGUUACAAGCUGUUGUCUUGCCAUGGUGAACAUUCAAUGAUAUUGACAGGACUUGUGUUCAAAUGAAAUAUUACUCUUUAAAAUCCCAGCUCUGUUGGUCCAUUUUGCGUUUAAUUUCCUUUACGAAAGCGACACACAUUUUCUGACGUUCCAUAGGGUUAGAACUCCACAAACUGUGCAUACUUCUAUUGUAUUUUUGUGCAUAUUUUUAAUGAAAGUGCCCAUUUCGUUCAUAAAUCUGCUGGUGGUUUUCUUUUUUGUGUUGUAAAGUUCAAUUUUACGUAAGUGUGGGAUUGCGCCACAUUGAAUGUUACGUGAUUGUAUUGUUUAUGUAUUAUACAAUAAAAUGUUAUUACUGUUGA